AUGAACAUGUCAGUGAUUUCUCUUCAGGAGUAUGACUUUGAGAAACAGUUCGACGAGAGGGGAGCCAUAGAAUGGAUGCAGGAAAACUGGAGCAAGUCGUUUCUGUUUUCUGCAGUUUAUGCUGCGUUGAUCUUUGCUGGGCAGUAUUACAUGAGAGAGCGGAAGAAGUUUGAACUUCGGAAACCAUUAGUCUUGUGGUCACUGACCCUUGCUUUAUUCAGUAUACUUGGUGCUUUCAGAACAGGGUGGUACAUGUGGCAUGUCCUGUAUACCAGUGGCUUCAAGCAAUCCGUGUGUGACCAGAGCUUCUACAAUGGACCUGUGAGCAAAUUCUGGGCAUAUGCAUUUGUCUUGAGCAAAGCUCCAGAACUAGGUGACACUAUGUUCAUCGUUUUACGGAAACAGAAGCUGAUAUUCCUGCACUGGUAUCACCACAUCACUGUAUUGCUGUACUCCUGGUAUUCUUACAAAGAUAUGGUAGCUGGUGGCGGCUGGUUUAUGACAAUGAAUUAUGGCGUCCAUGCCUUUAUGUACUCAUACUAUACACUUCGUGCUGCAGGCUUUCAUGUGCCACGUAGAUUUGCCAUGUUUAUUACCCUCACCCAGAUCAUGCAGAUGAUAAUGGGCAUUGUGGUUAACGUGCUGAUAUACAUGUGGAUGCACGAGGGUCAUUGCCCUUCCUUUUUUGCAAAUAUCAUCUUGUCUUCCAUUAUGUACUUUAGCUACUUUCUUCUCUUUUGCUGCUUCUUUUAUGAAACCUACUUAAACAGGAAGAAGGGGUUAAAGGGAGAUUAAGCUCAGGGAAAUGAACACGUUAAAGUAAUAGUGUCAGUCAGUGGUUAAUGCACAAACAUGGAUGAUAUUGUGGUUUUGUCAAAGCAGUCCGGAGUUAUUAACUGUGGGAUUCUGUAGACUUUUAUAGGAUUGCACUCUCCAUGUUCACAUUCCCUACAGUUCUUUCAUUGGAAGCUAUUAACUGACAUCAUCUCCAGGAAGCACUGGUGGUGUCAGGUCAAGCAGAUCCCAGAAUAUUGAAAACGUGAAUCUUCUUCAUUCCCAUUUUGUACAAACUACAGACCCGAACCACAGAAAAGUGCAGAAGCAGUCAGUGGAGUUGUGUGGGUCCAUCUCAGCAGCAUGCAAAGGAGUAAGCUAUGGCCUUAAAUUGUUUGAUAUGGAGAUUAUAAAUGAAUGAUUGGAAGACUUGCUUCACAAAUCCUAGUUGAGCUUUUCAAUGCAUCAUUUGAGACAACAAGAAGGGCCAGGGGAGAGUGGAAAGAAAGAAAAUUUAAGACAAUUCAGAAAUAAUUUAUUGUGCAGGAUAUUUCUGACUUCCAGUUUCACUGUAGUCCAGCUUGUGCACUAACCGCUGUAUAGUGUGUGGAACACUCUGAAGACACUAAUUUUUCCCCACAAUGAAAUCUCAAAUUGGCAUCCUUCCUUAUACUUAAGGCAGACACCUUUUGUAACACACAUUCUAGAUGCAGGUUUUAGCACCUUACUGUCUUGGUCCUGCCGACUGAACAAAACUUAAAGGAGUACUGGAAUUAAAAUUUCAUAAGUUUGUCAUUGUACUGGAAUCUAGAUAAUUGAUUAUACAAGACUUAGAGGGCUUUUCUUCUAUUUAUACAACAGUUAAAAGGCAGAUCUCUCUUUGUCAUGUUUAUUGUUGACUGUAAGUAAAUGAAUAUGUCAGUUAAACAUAGAUUUCCAGUGUUCCAAAUCCCAUUA